GUUGACUUUGAUUGGCCUGUUUAGUGUACUGUGACAACAAUAGUGAGUGAGUAAACUGCUCAAUUACUAAAGGUGACUCGUUGGAUUGUUUUCGUACUAUUUUGACGACUAGAAUUUAUGCAACAUGGCUGUCCUGUCCAAAGGUUUAACGUAAUCAUGUAAAGCUAUGGAAAAAAAAACUUUGAGGAAAAAUGUUCGCAAAGACAAGGGAACAGCCUUCGGUUGUUUCUACAAGAGUUUUGAAAACGCACCGUCUAAACGAGGUAGAAACAUUCCGUCUCCAAGGAAAAAUUCGUACAAUUGACAACGAGAUCCACAACAAUUAUUGCCAAAUAUCCGACGAAAUUGAUGGCGUUCGUAAGAACCUCAACCGUAUUAAGAAGCUUAAAAACAACUUAGGAAUAAGUGUGGAAAGAAGAAAACUUCUUCGUGAAAAAGGAGUGUUUGUUUUGCCAUCGCCUGGCUUACGAGACGAAGGAAUUACCUUGCGUCGUCGAGAUGGAAAAAAAGUGUUGGUUCGAGGGAAGGAAUGCUAUGAUGGACAAAUUAUACGAAGGUAUUUAGACAUGAGUCUUGAAUUUUCUGAACUCAACGUCGAAGGAAACUUAGAUGACGAGGAUUCUGCUAAUGAAAGCUGCAAGGGUGAUGAAGAAACUCACGAAAAGAAAAGACUUUUUCACUACAGGAUCAUCACACCUCCUUUACAUCCAGGAAGCCGGAGAAACUUCAAAGACUUUGAUGAAGAGUAUGAAUCGGAUAUCGAAAUGGAUUUGCCACCAAGUGAUAAUUACAUGGAUAGUCUUAGGAAGUCGCCGUAUCGUGCACGAGCACAAACAGCUAUAGGAAGCCGGAGAAAUAGUAAAACUAAGGAAAAAAUUAGACCAAGAAGUCAGACCAGGCAGUCGCUAAUUGAUCUAGAAAGUAAUUCAUUCCAUGAAGACAAUCAAGAGAAUAUUCAAACUUUAGGAAGUAGUUUAGAAAAGCUUAAAGAUGAUACCGGGAUGCCUUCUGAACAAAAUGGACAGCUUCAAGAUGAAAUUACAGCUGCAAAAAAUAAUAUCGAUACCAAAGAACGAAAAAUACAUUUCCAAAACAGCGUGAGUGACUCAAAAAAUGAAAUCGCGCCAAGAAUAGGAAAGGAAAAACCACAAAGAAAUGGGGAGCAUAACUUUGAUUCAUUGGAAAACACCUCAACUAUUUCUGUCGUUGGUGUUGAGAAAGUAAUCGAAAAGGACCCAAAGAAAAAAAAUCGCAAAACUUCUGCGAUCUGUUUUUCUUCUCACAGGACGCCAGUUCGACACCAAAGAAAACAAUCCCUCCCCGCAGAACCUUCGAAAUUAUUACAAAGAAGAAGAUCUAUAGAAGAUGUAAAGUUUUCUUUAAAAAAUGAUGAUACCCCACAAGAACCCCUAAACAACAUUGAUCGUGAGAUGCGUAUUAAUGUGGACGUCAUUCCACGGUCUGUCGAGUCAGCCAACAAUAGGGACGCUAGUCCAACCAAAGAACAUCCAAUGAGAAAAACAAGUAGGAUACAAAAUCCAAGUGAAUAUCACAAACACAAAAACACUGGCCACUAUCCAAAAGCUCGAACAGAGUCAUUCAAUUCGAUCGCCAACAGUUCUGCAACGACAAAUCGUAGACCUGGAUCAGAUAGAAGGAUAAGUACAGCAACGAAGGACUUAAUAUACGAUGCAAGACCAGAAAAGUCUUUAAGUAAGGGCUACACAACCAUGCAAAUGACCAUUGGUGGAAAACAGGUCAGGCUUUGUGUUCCAAAGUUUUCUAAUGAUGAUAUUGUUGAGAGAGUAAGGGCAAAGACGGCUGCUAAACUUGCUGAUGAUAGAACUAGAGAACAUGCAUCGAAACAGACAGAAACGACAAGUGAAAAGAAAACAAUUCAAACCCCUUUUAUGUACCACAACAUGUUGACUGCACCGACCAAAACCAAAGAAAAACCUUCGAUAGUUUCCAAGAAAGUCCUUAAGACACACCACAAGAAUGGAACCGAAUCGUAUCUACUUACGGAGAAGAUCAAAACCCUUGAAUACAAGCAGUCUCAAAAAAAUAUCGACAUCGAUUUGGAGGUGAACGCCUUGAAGAAAAAAAUGGAAGCUGUUCAAUGCGUUAAGGAGAAGAUAAGUCUGAGCAAAGAAAGAAGGAUGUUGCUUAAAUCACAAGGAUAUACGAUUAGAGUGUGUAAGGGUACAAAGGAAGACGAUAUUAUUCUCCAUCGUGACUCACUACAGGUAGACGCUGGGAACUGGGCGACUCUCUUAGCUAAUCCUCCAGAUUGUACUCAAAGCGAGUCGUUGGAACUUCAAGAUGUGGAGGAAUGUCCUGAAGACUCCUCUUCGUCUUCGGAGAGCAGGCCCAAUGACAGAAUGAGGUCAUUUUCCUUUACCAGUGCUGUUACCGACAGUAUUCCAACACAAGUAUCAAGAUACCGUGUUAUCGAACCUCCUUUACGGCCCGGGUCACGAAGGGGAUUUACUUUGCAAAGUGCUACCCCAACACCCAAAACAGACCAAGAAACUCGUCAAGAAUUCAACGAUGAUUUUUCGAUGCCGUCUUCAGAGCGCGCCACAACUUCAUGGGAUGUCAUUAGGAAUAGACCGUCAUCUGGAAGGAGUCUGUUUGUUGAGACAGUGAUAGCUGCUAAAGAUAGCAAUUAUUUAGCAAAUAGCAAAAAUUUAGCGCGUGAAAGAAUGGCAAAUUAUCAAAGAAGGAAGUUUAAAACAAGAUCACCAAGAAGGACAAUGUCUGCUCCGGUUAAAAUGAGGUCGGCAGUGUUUGUAAAUAAAGAUAGAAAAGGAGGAGAUGAAAAGACAAGCGACAAUAAGAAACUACAAUGCGACACGGAAGUUGAACCUUUUAAUUCUAACGAUAACAAACAUCCAACUCACUUAAAAUUAGACCAAAUGGAUAGUUUGAUGGAAGGAAAACAAGGAACAUCCGAAAAAAUUAGACCAACAUCUGAAGGUAAUCUUAUUAAUAAAAGUAAACUAGAUGGAUUACAUCAACAUAAACAAGAUAGGCUGUGUUUGUCAAGCGGUUUCAAUCCCUCAYUCUCCACAUCAAGCACAGAAAAGAAAACUUGUUCUUCUCAAUAUAAUUCUAGGUGUUUUGCUGUAGAGAAUAAAGCCAAGGACCAUGAUACUGAGAGGAAUGAGGAAAGAAACGAUUCAUCAAGACAGUCAUUAAUGAGUUGUAAUCAAAAACCUUACGAAGGGUCAAAAAACGCAAACAAAUGUAAUGAGUUUUUUCCAACCCAGACGUCUAAAACGUCGAUUGAUGAAGUAGAUGCUGACGUCCUUAAUCCAGUUCUUUUGAACGGACAGGAAGUUGUUUCCUCAGAAGAUGCCGAUGAAAAUGAAUCCUGCCUUAAAAAUAAAGAAGAACGAUGCGCAUGCGUGGCCGAGUCCGCAGUACAAGGGACCGGCGGUAAAACGUACCUGUCUGUUCCUGGUAAGACGUCACGCAUGUCGAAUCGUCGUCAUUCCUCUGAUGAUUGUGAAAUAAACAAAGUAAGAUUCCAUGGCAACCAAGCUAGGAACCAGUGUGUAAGGAAAGACACUGAGGGAAAGGGACACGUGACUUUGCAGACUGCAAGAAGCAGCAUGCUUGACAGGAGAAUGUCCCAUCCUCCUCGGUUAGCAAGCUUCAAGGUAGAUGACAAGCGAAAGAGAAAACCCCUUAAAAAUGAGGACGAGGUCGUCUAUGCAUACGAUGCUAGACCCGAUAAGUCUUUAUCCAAGGGGUACAGAGCCAUGCAGAUGACUGUGGGGGGUAGACAGGUGAAGCUUAAUAUUGCAGCUUUUUCUAAAGAAUCAGAAGCCAUCAUGGCUGAUAGAGCAAGACUUAACAGUAAACUUAGUUCAAUUAGAGGAAAGAAUUAAAGAAUCUCAGAGAUACGGUAUAGAAUUGAAUAGGCUUUUAGUCGAACUUUCCAUGCACCGAGCUCAUUAAAAACAAUGGAUAUCAGGUGAUAAUGAGGCCGGAUUAAAAGACAAACUGAAACAGAACAUGACUAUCCAUUCCCGAAAGGUCUAUAAGGAAUGAAAAUAUAGUAAACAUUUAUUGUUUUUUCUUCUUCGGGUAUUAAAAAAUAUGUACAACUUAAUAUUUUUAUUUUCACUAACACUAGGAUUUGAUUUUCGUAUUCCUUAGGCCUCGGAUUUUCGAUAAUUUAUCUAACUUAUUAACAUUUAAGAUACAGUGCAUGUCAUAAUUCUCAAGUUUUGAGGUCUCUUUGUUGCUCCGGGUUAGCCUCGAUUAAUUUUGUGUAGAAUAUUGAUGUGUUCAGUGUGAAGGUUCGUGGAAUUUCAAAGUGCUUGUAUUGUUGAAAUUGUGUAUUCUUUACUUUACUGUUGGUAUUUGUGAAUAUUUAGACACUGACUCGAGGCUAAGCCUGAGUAAAUAAGUCUAAAGUCAAGGGUACAUGCAUGUUCAUCAGUAUUUGAUUUGUUCAAACAUGGUCUGUUCACUAGUGUUCCAUAAGAUACCAAAUAGUGAAGCGAUCCAAAACAAAUGGCCUCUGCCAAGUCUAUCCAAAUUCAUGUUGGUUUUUUUUCGUAUAAAAAUGUAUAUGUUACAGCGCAACUUUUCUUUGGAAAUAUAUUCUAUCAAAUUUU